AUGGAUGACACAGAAAUACAACUGUGCCCGCGCAUCACCACGGUGUCGAAAGAUGGCCAUGCGGAAGACCCGGGCCAGCAAGUAAAAUCGAACGCAAUCGUACGAUUCUCGAUUGUACAGAGUACGGUACCGUUUGGUCGUUUAAAGUGCAACACCAACCUGAAUAUGCCUCCCUCGAACUGGCUAAACAAUUCGGCAAACUCAUACGGAUUGGGACAAUUUCUAUCUCACCAGGCUGGUUUCAGCAGCUUCCGUAUGGCCAACAUGUUUCCCGAUUGCGUUGGCGGAGUGGAUGUGGUUUCAGACGCGGAGAAUAUAAAGCGAUUGCUCAAACUGCCGUACUCACGCAAAAGCGUCAUCUCAAUGAUCGUGCACCGCAUCGAAAAUACGUUGCUGAUCGACGAGUUUGAUGUAGCCAAGUAUCUGUUGCUGCAGAGGGAAGCGGAUUGGCAUUGGUUGCGGUCGUUCAUUUCCGAAAACAUAGUGAAAAGCCUGAACGAUGGCGAGCGGAAGUUGUUCCUGCAUCCAACAUCUCGAGAAGCUUUUCAGCAAAAGUAUCUUACCUCGAAGUUUCUUUAUCACAGUUUGCAGUCAGGCGAGCAGAACGAAGAACCCCAUGAUCCCGUGAUUCUGAACGAUUGCGCACCGUAUACACCACUGCCACUUGCAGGGCCAGUGCUGCCGGAACCGACGAAGGAAGAACAUUUUCCCGAUGCACAGCAAACGAAUCACACGUUCAAUCGCAACGUGAUUUGGACCUUCGAAGAUAUACGCAUGUUAAUUGGUACUGAUAUGCCGAUUUUUGGUGGGGCAAAUCGACCGUGCAUCAGUUUACGGUUACGAGAUGAAUCUAAACCGAUCAACGUACUGACGGGUAUCGAUUACUGGCUGGAUAAUUUGAUGUCCAAUGUACCGGAGGUGGUUAUGUGUUACCAUCUAGAUGGAAUCGUGCAGCGCUACGAACUGAUUAAAACGGAAGAUCUACCCCGGCUGGAGAACUCUGAGUUUUCUCCACAGCUUAUACGCAAUGUAGCACAAAACAUUCUAGCCUUUCUGAAGGCAAACGUUACGAAGGCCGGACACACGUAUUGGUUGUUUAAAGCUCGUAAUGACGAUGUUGUAAAGCUGUACGAUUUAACCACGCUAUGCAAAGCUCAUGGGGGAGAUUCCGCGACAGAAGAUGAAACUGAUGCACAUUCUAAGGAGAAGCUACCUCCAAAGGAAUCAGGACAAUCGGGAGAUGAGGCAGGGGAAGAAAAUUGUCCCACCAGUAGACCGUCGGGUGGUCAGAAUCCUUUUACCGUGCCAGUAGCGAUGUUGCUUUACACCGUAGCAAGAAACAUGAAAAAUUCCGUUGAAAGUGGUAAUUUAUCGGCAUCGAAGGCGGGAGCCAUUCGGACACUGCUAAACAAUUGCAUCAAACUACUGCCCAAAGAAAAGUAUCCACAAAUUGUUACGUCGUCGCAUUACAUUCUAUCCGAUUUGCAUAUUCCGGCCGACACAGAUCCAGGUUCACCCAAAUUCAACACUACACUCGAGGAAGAGGAUGAUGAAGCGGGAUAUUUGUGUGGAGAACGUAAUUCCACCCCGUCAGAAAACGGUUUGGAUGAGACGGAAGACGAGGCACCCACUGCUGACGAGCAGGAAGAGCAAAAAGCACAGACAGGGAAUGAAGCAAAACUGGAGGCAGCAAUCAAAAGCAUCAAAGAUACGCUAAAAGAGUACAAGGUGGAGGAGCGAUUGGGCAAACAUCACAACUCUCACCCUGCUCCAUUGCUGUGCGAAACCACGGAACGAUGCAUCACUGCAUUGCAGCAUAUUGUCGACGGGCUACAGUGCUUGCAGUAUUUCGACAACUAUGAGGAGCAAAAGCAACGUGAGAAGGAAAAGGAAGCCGAACGGCAGAAGAUCGUACACGAGGAAUCACAUCCGAACAUGGCGAAAUCGGAUAAUCCCAUCCCGCUGCCAUAUCAGCCGCUCCGACCCGAAGCACGCCCAGUCGACCCAGAGAAGGUAAUCCCGAUGGGUUGGAAACCAACUGGAGAGGAAAAUGCACGGGAAGGGAAAGACUCCGAUGCUAGAAAGGUUGGCAAAAAGCGUUCGAAAGGCAAACACGCGGAAAAGCAACAGAAACCAGCGAACAGUAAGCAAGACGACGGAGUAGAUCGCGCACAAGAAGUUGACCCACGGGCACUAUUACUUAAGGGACAGAUAGGUGUGAUAAAAUCGUGGAACGUUCACUUGAAGAUUUUGCUGUUCGAGAAAGCGUGCCUAGUGUACGCUACCAUGGCCGAGCAGGAUUACGCACAGCAACGGUACGGUGCCACCCUUCGGUAUCUAUACUCGGCCAUCCGCUGCCAGCAGGUCGUGACGAAGUACAUCUCGUGCGUAUCCUCACAACGCAGUUUGCUGUUGGGUCGGGCGGGCGAUUGUUUUUUUCAGCUGGUUAAAGAUUGGAACCGAAUCGGUGAGCAUCUGGCACAAUUCUCCGACCCACAUCAUCUCGACCAGUUGAUUAUGGAGGAGCUUGUGAAGGAUAUUGGUAGCGAGGUGGAAAACACUCUUCCAGUUCCGACGGAAAAUAUCGAACAGCUGAUGAUUACUAGCUGCAGCUGCUAUGAGACGGCCAUCGACGGAGCGGCAAAGGACUCGCAGGACGAGUUACGGCGACGGUUGGGAAGCGUCCGGAACGAACUUGGCGUAAAGUAUAUGCACUGGGCACAGGAGGAGUAUCAAAAGUAUUGGGAUGUGGAACGACCGAAAGAUGAAGCAACCGAUUCGGCGGAACCGUUGUACCAACUGUUAACGAAAAAAUCCUACGAUUCGUUGAAGAAAGGUGUCGCUUUGUUCGAGGCAGUUAACGACACGACAAAUCUUGCAUUUCUGCUUUGCAACAUGGGACGAUUUAUGCGCUUCCGGGCACACAUCCAUCUCGUCGGCGAACGACCGAACAAUGUGAAUGUCCAGAAAAAAUUCUACCACGAAGCCUUCGGUUACUAUCAGCACGCUCUAAGCACACUCGGCACGCGUAAGGAAAAUCCGGAAUUGUGGUCACUGGUAACGUGGGAGCUAUCGACCGCCACGUUUAACUUGGCAAAGCAACUCCAAGAUCACAACGUGAUUUCAGUCGACGGACAAGGAGGACAAACACAGUCACAGGAAGAAAUCGAACAGGAGGUGGUCGAUAUGCUUCAGCGGGCGCUCAAAUUGUGUGAUCAAGACAACAGCGGACCGAAACAGGUGUUGUACUCCUUCCGAGCUGGUCUCAUACACCACAGGAUUGCAUCGUAUCACCACAUGUCUUACCGCUACACGGUUGACGAGCAUCGUCGCAAAACGUGCCUGCGGCUCACAAAACUCCACUACGAAAAAGCGGCGAGUAUUUUCGAAAACCUCUCGGAACCGCAAGAAUUUCUACAGAUCCAGAUGGAACGCAUCGCACUGCAAGAGUACCAGUGCGAGCAGGCUUCCGCAUCGACCGCUAAAACGCACCAUCUGCUGGUUGCGCUGACACUCUGCAAGCAGGCAUAUCCGCUCAUACAACAUAUCGCCAAUGUGAAGCCGCAUGCUACUGAUGAUUCGCCGGGCGGCACAACAUCGGUCGCUGGAAGCGGUGACGGUGUUGGUGGCUACGAUGAACUCCAGAAACUGUUAGAAUUAUUUGAAAAACGGCUUCAAGUGAUACUGCUAACGCUCACAAAGCUUUCGCUGCAAGGUGCAGGGAACCUUAAGGAACAAACGGCCAACCAUUAUAAGGCUUUAUACGCGUUAGCAUUGCAGAAACGUCCAAUCAUGCAAACGGAAGAUGCUCCGAAACUAAAGGCUGAUGAAACCGGUACACUGAUUAAAGAGUAUGCCUUGCAUCUGUCCAACAUUUUGCGUCAAGUAUGUGAUCUGGAUCGCCAACAUGAGGCAGCGUCAUCGCGAUAA